AUGCUGAUUUUGGGGAUAUCUGGACCUUUAUUUUCGGGCCGGCACACAGCUGCAAAAUUCCUUAUUGAUACUUUUAAUUUCACUGAAAUAUCUCUAGAGAAUCUCCAAACUCCGUUUCCAUACCGAGAUGGUCACAAGUAUUACUUAGUCUUAAUCACAUCUGAAAGUGACUUUGCAAUCCUAAACAAGUACACAUUUUCAUAUCUCAUAUGAAUAGAAGCACCCACCUCUAUUCGGUUCAGAAGAUAUAAAAGGAUAAAUAAAACCGCAACUUUAGACGACUUUUUAGACUUGGAUGAAAAAAUCGAUGCAAUGCUUCAGUAUCAGGCAAAAAGUGUAAUUAUGAACACAAAAGCUUUAGCUGAUCUAGCAAGAUCUUUAAACAGGCUAGAUCUCCUGAGUAGAGAUUUAAAUAGACCCACUCCUGAUGAGUAUUUUUUAAGGAUUUCAGAGAUUGCUGCAAAGCGAACGAACUGUAUGAAGCAAGCGGUUGGCGCAGUCGUAGUUAAAAACGGAAGGCUUAUGUCAACUGGAUACAAUGGAACACCAUUUGGAGCGAAAAAUUGCAAUGCAGGCGGCUGCAAAAGAUGUAACUCUUUAGCUUCUGAAGGCACAAGACUAGACGAGUGUUGCUGCUUGCAUGGAGAAUUAAGCGCCAUUUUGAUGGCUUCUGAUACUGAUGGAGGUACACUAUACACGACGUUGUUUCCAUGUUUGAAUUGUACAAAGAAUCUUAUCCACACAGGAUUCAAAAGAGUAGUAUACUCCAAGGAGUACAGCGCCAAAGACAGCAUACGUUUGCUAAAUGCUAUUGGAAUUCGAGCUGACCAAGUAAAGCCAUAUCAAGAGAAGAUAAUUUAUCCAAUUUAG